GGUUAUUUUAGUUUACAGAGUCCACAAUCACCAUUUUCUAUGAAGGAAUUUCAGUAUGGUCAGAAACACUGCACCAACCAGCCCCUGGAAGCAAAUUCUAAUAUUUUCCUUGGAAAUGCGGUCAGUGAUGUAAAUAUUUCUCACCAGAUUUCACUAAAAACUGUAAUAGCUGGAAAGAUCAAAAAACAAUUAGGACCGACUGAAAUCAAAGCUAUGAAUACUCUAAAAAAAUAAUAUUUUUUGAGGGAUUUUGCCAAACCUAAAUGUUUUCUACCUUGCUCUAGUAUGGAAGCUGAAGGUAUUACUACUGCUAAUGAUAAAUUAAUUUUGGAUGAACUUAAAGCUCCCAUUACUUUCCUUGAAUAUGAUGAUGAAUUUCUAACAGACCUUAACUAUUCUACCAAACAAUUGAAACAAGAUCUCCAAAAGCCUAAUGAACAGAAACUAGGACAUGCGACUGAACUUCAGAAUGUUUCCUGUAAUCAAUAUAAUGAUUCUGGUUAUAUGUUAAAACAAGAGCCCAAAAUAUCAACUCUUUUUUUAUCUUGCAAGAAAUUAAGUGGGGACUCAAAAUCAAUAGAAAUUUCAGAACCUGAAAAAACAGUAGACACAUCACAUAUUACACUGGUUUCUCUUCAAGGAAAUAAUCUGAAUCUUGAUAAAGAAUUUAAUAAAGAUUCUAAAUAUGAAACAUUCUGGAAUGUUGCCCUUAAAAGUACAUGCAGUACUCAAGGAGAAGCUGGAAGCAAAAAGAAAAAUAAAUUUUAUAGCACUGACAAUGGUGUUAAAGGGUUCCAGUUCAAUGUCUUUUCCAAAACAAUAAAGAAAAAGUUACAAAUGCUUGAUCACAUAGAACAACUGUAGAGAGAAAAAGACGACCAACUGCAUAUACUAAGCCAACAAAUACUAGAGCCUGGAAAUCCUAAAUUCAAUGAAAUCAAAGCUGUGUCAGAGUACUCUGAAAAAACUGAAGUGUCACAAAAUUCCGCCAAAUAUUCUGAACACUUGCAAAAUAAAAUGCUGCAACUCUUUGAGAAUGAAAAUGUAACUUUCAAGGCAGAAGUGAAACAUCUUACUAUUAUAAUACUAAUAAUUUGAGAAAAAAGGUCAAAAUAUGAAAAGCAAAUUAAACCUCAGGCUGAAGAAAAGCAAAACAUGAAAGGCAGGUUAGUUAAAUCAGAAGAAGACAGCAAGGUUAAAGUGAAAAGGUUGUUACAAAACCGUAAAGAAUUUCACAACCAAAAGAAAACUCUCCAAGAAGAGAGGAGCCAACUCUGUAUUAAAAACCAGUGUAUGAGGCAAACAUUAGAUGACUUUAAAAUUAAGAGUCAAGAAGCACGAGAACAUAUGAUUGCUGCUACCAAUGAAAAAGAUAAACUCACUGUGAUACUGGAUUCUUUGCUAAAGGAAUCUUCAGUCUUACGAGAAGCAAAUCGGAAACUAGAAACAAAAACAUCCCAGCUUAUGCAAGAAAAAACCUCGCUUGAAAAAGAACUUGUACAAAAUCAGAUUGAAAUAAAGCAUCUGAAAGACAAAGAAAACGUAACAAAAUCCGAACAGGAGACUCUUCAAUUAGUGCAGUCACUUAAAGAAAAAAAGUUUAACCUUGAAAUGACAUUGCAGGAAUAUGCUAAUGUGAGACAAAUGCAACAGAAGGAGCUUGAGAAAGUCCAAUCAGAUAAAACUUAUGCCGAGGAGAAACUCCUUACUGAACUUAGAAAUGCAAAAGCAGAAAUUGACUUUUUGAAAACUAAUUUGGCCAAUGUGGACAGAGACCAGGAGAGGUUAUCAGUUGCUGUCAGAAACAUCACAGAGGAAAAUAGGCUACUUAAAAAAGAACUACAGGACCAUAAACAUGAUGUUUCCAAGUAUCAAAUUAGCAUUGGAAGACUGAAUGAGGACCGCUUACUAAUGGAAAACCACCUGAGAACGAUAGAAAAUGAGAGGGAUGUAUUGCAGUUCGAAGUCCGCCACCUGCAGAAGGACUAUAUUAAUCUUCAGGACCAAAUCACUGCCCUGGUUAAUGAGCAGUGUAAAUACAGAUAUACUUCAGGGAGUCAGGAGAAAGUUCACUCUAUAUAUUCCAUGGAUAUUUGUGAAGAAAUUUCUGAUUACAAGUGUACAGCUUUAGUAUAUAACCCACAAGGUGUGUAUCAUACUUUACAACAUCUUAGUGGGCUAGUGGUUUUUUAUUAUUUUUUUUAUUUACCCCAUUUUCGACCUAAGUAGCUUUUCAGAUAAAAUUUUUGACUAAAAGUAUUAACAUAUCUGAAUAUUUGUUUGAGUUUUCUGACUAGGGAAGUUCUAGGACCAGUUUAAGGUUUGGUUUUCUAGUUUUAAGAAUUUCUUGUUUCUGGAAAAAAAGAUUCUAAAUACCACAGCAUUUUUUUUCCUAAUACAACAGAACCACAAUGAGGAUCUUAUCCAAAGCAUUUUGAAGGCCUGGGAGUUUUUCUUUUGAAAAAAGCGACCCUUAGAUUGGACCUUUAAAGUGAUAAAUUGUUCUUUCAGGGUCAUUUCCCUUUUUUUGUCCUAAUUAGGUCCUGAAAGAAAUUCUUCCCACUAUUUUUAAAAGAAAACUGUCUUUCUUUUUCAGGCAAUUCCAGCUAAACUGCAACAGUCUCUUGAUUUGGAGAAACUGUAAUAAACAUUCCUUCUUUUAAACCAAUUAAAAUGCUACUGUCCAAUUAUUUCAUUACCACAGUGAUCUAUUUGUUUAAAGCUUGUUUUUACAGUCAGCAUUUUCCCAUGUUUUUUUUGAAUGCCCGACUCUUGGCUGCAUUUCAUUUUUACUAAAAGAGAUUUGCUGCAGCUGUAAAUUGUUAUAGGACCAAUAAAGUCAAAGAAGCCAUGACUAUUUAUGCUACCUAUGGUUCCCCACCCACAAAUUUUAAGCUUAGACAAGAGUGUUAGCUUUUCUAAUCUAACUACUUAACAGAGUCCAGAACAAUUUGCAUAGUUAUUUUGGCAUCUAACUCAAUAACAUGAAUUUAAACUAUGCAUCUUUUAUUAAGACAUUCAGGCUUUCUUAUGGUUAACAAUGCGUAACCUACAUUUCUAAUCAACAUUUUCUUGGUUUGCACAAGUACUGAAGUCAUAUUUACAAAUAUUUUAAUUAACAACUGGAGAUUUAAGACAUCUGCUAAUAUAUUUACACUGGAAAAAAUGGUAUGUAUGUAGGCAGAGGGACAUAAUUUUGUAGGAAGAUUAGAGAGGAAAGUAGAAUCCAUUACCGCAGAAAUAGUCCCCCAGGCCUUCAUCCUAUGGAGUUGGGAAAGGGAGGAAUGUCACAGAAAUAUUUCUUAUAUGAUACUUCAUCUAUAGGGAUCAGUAUAAAGGCUUUGUAGCCCAGAUAGGAGUCCUGUAGUUUACUUUUUCAAUCCACUGCAUGUUUUAAGGGACCAUUUUAGUUACCCCAAAGCCACUGCUGCAGAGUCAUUCCAUGAAAGAAAAGUAAAACAUAAUGAGGAACUGGAGUUCCACGAAUCCCUUCCAUAGACCUGCAUUUGCUUUAGUAGGAUGAGUUACACUCAUUAGGGUACAUCUUUUGCAGGCAAGAGACAUCAGAGGUAACUUCCUAAUGUUCAAUAAAGCAUCAAGGCAUAUAACAGCACUUUUCUUAUGUUUGUGACUACGCUUCCCAUAUAGAUGAGAAGCUGUAGUGCUACGGAGUCAGACUUGGCAUAGGCAGAUGCUAUGCAAACUUUUCUAUACAGCUCCAUUAUUGUACUUUAACAUAUUGUUGAUCUUCUUGCCUGGGAAAUACUUUCCUGGCCAUUUUAUAACAGUUGCGUAGGGUUAAGCUCUUCUAGUGCAUGGUUGUACAGCACAAAAGCUCAAGUGGGGUUGCUGGGUACAACUGUAAAUGUAGUCCUUGUAUAUUUUAAAAUGAUUUUUGUACAAAUAAAGUCUACCCAUUAUGAUGUAAAUAUUGCCCCAUACUUAGGAGUACCAUUUGUUUGGCUAGUGAUAGAAAAGGCCACUAUCUUGGAAAGCCAAAUCCAGAAGAGACCUUAAAAGAUUUAUUCACUGAUGCAAAAGCUCUGCUUUUAUUUAAUACUGCUGUAAAUAUAGAAUAACUUAAUUGGCUUCAGUGAAAUUUACUCAGUUUUUUUGUUGUGAUAGUUGGAUCAGAAUCUACCCCAAAAUGUGUUAUGAGCAGAGGGUGUUAUUAGUCAGAGGGUGAAAA